AUGCAAGUGGAGCAAAAACAACCUGAGAUUGUGCCUGCACAGGAUGAGGAUGAUGGAAAUUGGUCCUUGGCACAGCAAUCCCUGACCAAUUUCAUGGACCCAGGUCUUCAAGUCUAUGGCGGUGUUCUAUUUUCCGAAUUAGUUCAUUCUGGUGGCGAGAUUUUUAAAGGAUUGCCUUUGAAAAAGUACUCUGACCGUGAUGCCAACAGCAACAACAAUAAGAGUAACAACAAUACUAUAGCUGCUGCUGUGGCUGUGGCUGAUAAUUAUUAUGCUGGUAACAAUGGAGGUUGCUUCAGUGGGGAAUGUGUUGUGCAAUGCAAAGAACAAGAUGGAAUGGUCAGAGAGAAACAGCUCUCUCAGGUUCGUUCUGGCGAUUGUUUGCAAGUCGUUGAUGCUGCUGGUCAUGUUGGUUUUUCUCCCGUCCUCUGCUUGGCUUGA